GAGUGCAUUCAUCAGCUACGUAUUAUUUUCUCUGAGACAGAACAGCAUACCACCCUAGCCAUGCUGACAAGGCAGUGUCUGUCUGCCUCUCGUUGCCACAUGUAAAACAAUUACAAUGCCAAAAGGAUUUGGGUGUGCAACUGUCAUAAAAACAACAGGUCACGUGGCUAAUCUGUUAACUCAGUACAAGAAAUGAUUUCCUUUUGUUAACAGAAUUAUUCAAAUAUUGCCAGUUUGUGUAAUGAUACUGCCAAUAGCAGAUUAGAAGCUGAUUUUCUAUCCCUGGAGCAAAGCCUGAAGAAAGAAGAAACAGUGGGUUUCAGAUCGACUGCGGGUUGAGAUCCACCAGGAUGGAGAUUGCUACAACAUUUCGUUACUAUUUCCAGCACCCAUGGUCUCGUCUAGUUGUGGCCUAUCUUGUAACUUUCUUUAACUUCCUGUUAUUCGCUGAGGAUCCUAUUUCGCACAGCCAGACUGAGGCCCAUAUGAUUGUUGUGGGCAACUGCUUCUCCUUUAUUGCAAACAAGUACCCCGGAGGAGGAUGGAAUUUCUUGAAGGUUUUGCUAUGGCUCCUUGCCAUCAUCACAGGCCUGUUUGCUGGGAAAUUUAUCUUCCACCAACAACUGUUUGGUCGGUUUCUGAGGCUGAAGGUGUUCCGAGAGGAUCAUGGCUCCUGGAUGACCAUGUUUUUCAGCACCAUUCUCUUCCUGUUCAUUUUCUCUCACAUUUACAACCUCUUCCUCCUGAUGGCAGGAAACACAGGCCCGUUCAUCGUGACAGAGUACAUGGGAAUGAGGAAUGAAAGCUUCAUGAAGGUUGCAGCCGUAGGAACCUGGAUGGGGGAUUUUGUCACUGCGUGGAUGGUUACAGAUAUGAUGCUCCAGGAUAAACUUUAUCCAGACUGGGGAAAAGCUGCCAGAACAUUUUGGAAAAGGGGGAACAACAGAAUUGUGCUCUUCUGGACGGUACUGUUUUCUCUGACAUCCGUAGUGGUUCUCGUCAUCAGCACUGACUGGAUCAGCUGGGACCAUUUAAACCGAGGAUUUCUGCCAAGUGAUGAGGUCUCCAGGGCAUUCCUCGCUUCUUUCAUCCUGGUGUUUGACCUCCUUAUCGUCAUGCAGGACUGGGAGUUUCCUCACUUCAUGGGGGAUUUGGAUGUGAACCUGCCUGGAAUGUCUACCACCCAAGUAAAGCUGAAGCUGCCUGUCUGUAAAUGUAUUUUCAAAGAAGAAUAUCAUAUACACAUUACAGGGAAAUGGUUUAAUUAUGGAAUAAUCUUCCUUGUCUUGAUUUUGGAUUUAAAUAUGUGGAAAAAUCAGAUAUUUUACAAGCCUUAUGAAUAUGGUCAGUAUGUUGGUCCUGGUGAGAAAAUCUUUAUCGUUGAAGACCCUGACACCUUGAAAGAGUUUAAUGAGACCACUCUGACUUGGGCAUGGAGAUCCACCAACAUUGAUCUGAAAAACAACAAGAUCUACAGUCAAAACGAUAUGUUUUUGCACAGCAGGUAUACAGGAGCCAGCCUUGAUGUCAAAUGUCUAGCUUUUAUUCCUAGCCUGGCAGCUUUUGUCCUAUUUGGAUUCUUCAUUUGGCUCUUGGGGCGAUUUCAGAAGAGUGACCAGGGCAUGGAGAACAAGGAUAAAACCUACGAAAGGAUAAAAAGAAAGUCUCCAUCAGAGUAUAGCAAAGACAUGGGCACGACUCCAGAGGAGGCCCAUGUUACAAUGAAUGAUGGAUUAAAAAGGAAUACACCCAUGUUACUUUCUGUGGAGACUCACGUUAUUGGAUCUAGUAGGUCUAUCUCCCCUUCAUCAACAGAAACACAGGAGUCUCAGCCUACUGUUGCCUCUGAAGGUGUAACGCCAACAGAGACAGUUGUCUCCAAUGAUGUCUCUAACCCUUCAACCUAAUUCAGACACAUUUUGACUAAAGAAUACCUUUCUGACAACCUCCACUGUUCCCAAGUUCUUGUCAUUUUAUUUUGCCUUUAUAAUUACAAGACAGCUCAAUAUUUGUGCAUCUUAAAUGGUAUCUUAAAGUUAUUAUGAGAAACAAAUAUGUUGUAACUACUGCUAGAUUCCUACUAUAGCAGCACAUUUAUUCGUCUACAUUUUUUUUUUUUACCUUUUUUGUAACUUAAUUGGGCCCAUGAUUUAAUUGACUUUUUUCAGAACAAUUGUAACACUUCUCAAUGAUAAUUGUGUUAUAACUAUGUACACAGACUUCACAGUCUUGUUGGUGCUUAAUACUAUACUGUAUAGCAGGCCGAAUUUUCUAUGUUUAUUACAGUAUAUGUUUGUGCCUACACUAAAGUUAUCGUAACAAUUGUAAUUAUCGUAUUUGUUAUUAUUAUACUACAUACAGGUAUAAAAGAGGUGCCUUGCUUGCUUAAGUCCUGUAAACUAUUUUACAGUUAUUCCCUCGGGCUUAUAAAGAAUUAUCUUCUGGUGAGAACAAAACAUUUUAUUUUGCACUAGAACAAUGGUCUUUUCCAUUGAUAUUGUCAAUGAUGCAGAAAAAAACAGUUCUGCGAUGAAGUUGGAAUAGACAGCUGGACGGCUUUAGGAUGCAAGUGUGGUGAUUAUCUUUAAGUGCUGUAGGCUGUCUGCUAGUGAAUUGAAAAUAGUGAAGCAGAAGGCAUUGACGUAGGAACUUCUCCACGGGCCACUACUUGUGAAAAUGGGGCUUUAUACAACAGUGAUUAUGAGAGCUAAUGGCUAAAUGUGCUUUCCUUAUAAUUAGAUAUAUAUGGCAGGGCUUUAUCAAAAACCCCAGUCCUUUGCCUCGUGAAAUGAAGGUUAACUGUUGCCAAGCCUGGGCCAUUAGUUUUACGUGAUUGUCAUCUGGACAAGGUCAUUCAGGACCAUGGGUGGAAUGAUGUCAGACUAAAUACAAUGCAACACUGCUUACAUUUGUGAAAACAUUUUACAUGGACCAGAUGUACUGUACAGUGCUUAUAGUGCUCCAGUGUAUGUGCAUUUUAAAUAUUACCAUUUUACAAGGUAGUGACCGACUGCAAUUAAUAAAUGUUUACAUGGUGAAAGAAAAACGUUGCUUGUGCAUACCACUUUCAAAUUGCACCUCAAAUCACACACAUGUCUAAUUGCUGCUAUGUCAUAAUUACUGUGUCCUAAACAAUAAAAUAAUAUAGAUCAGUUCAAUAAACUCAGGCACAUACUGGAAGUUAAUAUGUUAUUAAUUUAUUUUUAUUUAACAAAAAUAAUAAUAUGUAGCUGUCUAUUUUGAUGAUCUAAAUACCACCACCCUAUAACUCCCCUUAGUGAUUUGUUAGCCCCUUUAUUGAUAUUAAUAAAUACAAUAAAACAUAUAGAGGAAAGAGGUUUGCAUUAAAACAGGUUUAUGUUUUAUGAGUGGAGGUAUUAAGAGACCAUCAUUUCAAAAUGUUAGCAUGUGAUCAUCAGUGCUAUAUCAUGUCAUUGGCUAUAUUUGUAAUAGAAAUCUGGCAACACCAUAGUGGUAUAUUUUUGCAUUUAAGGCAACAGUAGAUCAGCACAUAAUUAACUGUAUAGAUUUUAGAUUUAAAAAUAUACAGUUAUAAUUACAAACUUUUUUUUUUAAUGUAAACCUGUUCUUGUAACAGAGUGUAUAAAACUACAAAUGUAUUUUAAAUACAUAAAACUAAAAAUCACCCUGUCAGGCACAACAAAACAUUUUGAAAAAUGUGUGCCUGCACCUUAAGACAAGUUGGGGAUUUUGAGGAAUGAGACUGUUGGUGGUUUUGUCACAGUUAUAUGAAAAUGUAUGUGUUCUUGUUAUCCCUACCAUAUGACAAAGUAAAUGAUACGACACACUGUUUAUCAAGCCAAAACGGCCAGGAACCGCAUCGUACCAAUUUUUAUCACACACUUCAUAAUAAAUAAAUUAAAGGGUAUAUAAGGACAUUUUUAUGUUAUUGUGUUACAUGUUCCCAUGUGUUGCUACAACUGUUUAUGUAAGGUGUGUGUAUUGUUUUACUGCCUUCAAGAUGGCUUCACAUGGACCACUCAAAAUACAUUUCCCAUAAUCCUACUGCUCACAUAUGUAACUAAGAUGGAUUUACCAGUGAGCAGGAGGAAGUAAAAUAAAAAUUAUAUACCCUUUAAGUGCAUGGAAUAGAGCAUUGUGGGAAGAUAAUGUACCAUUCUGGCGUGCUAAUAGUUGUUGUAAACAUAGCCAUUAUUAUUUUGUGGCUACUUUAACAAAGAAGGUAUGCGCAUAAUAUAUUGAAAGCAAAUGCACAAAAUUUGCUAAAACAGCCGCAAAGCCAAUUACACAAAACAGCAUAUAUCAUCUUUCAAAACUAAGCUUUUAACCGAAUUUAUCAUGAGCUACUUAAAAGAAAAAAAUACAUAAUGGAAAUACUUUACUCAUUCAUUCUUUGGAAUCAGAAAGUUAUCAAAGGGAUCCAGGAUUCCAUGUGCUCGGAUAAUACGGGGUGGAUUCUGUCAAAGAAAAUGAUUCAAAUUCAGUAUUAGAACAACAGAACUCAGAACCACGCAGAAUGAUUGUAAACUAUAGUAUUUCAACUACUGUUUCAGAAACACAUGCUAGACAAAGAGAAGGCAAUGUGAUACCUUUUAUUGGACUAAACAAUAAUUAAUCAUAGGCUUUCAAGACCUCAAAUGUCUCUUCAGGUGAAAGUAGGAAAGACAGAAAGAUGUUUACAAAAUACCCUAGCACUGUAAUGUAGCUCUGUCCUCAACUUCCUUGUAUUUGGUGAAGUUAUUUAUUUGUGCCCAUUCUCAAACAUAAAGGUAAGGGGAAGGUGUACAAAUAAGUAACAUUUGAAGCUAUUUACUCCUAAAUGAAAAAUAAAUCCAUAUA